GGGAGGGUUGAUUGACGGGCGCGAGGAAGGGAGGGCGCGAGCGGCGUGAAACUUCUGGAAGGGCCGAGCCUCCGAGAAGGAAAGGGUUGUCUGAGGCUCAUGUGGCGGCGGCGAAGGACGUGGUGAAGAAGAAGCGGAGGAGGAGGACGAGGGAGGAGAGUGAGAGAGAGGAGGGAGGGAGGGAAGGAAGGGAGGAGGGGGGAAAAGGGGGCCGUUUUCAAGGGGUUUGUGAGGGGCGAGAGCCUGACAGGACCCGACCCGACCCCGGGGGGAAGGGAAUGAAUCACAAGGCCAAGAAGCGCAUCAGGGAGGCCAAGCGCAGCGCCCGCCCCGAGCUGAAGGAUUCCUACGACUGGACCAAGCACAACUACUCGGAGACUUACCCUUUGGCCCACAGCACCGUGAAGGACAACGUAGAGAGGGCGGACACCCUCCACCUCUCUGUUGAAGAAUUUAUUGAGAAGUAUGAGAAGCCGUACAAACCUGUCGUGCUGCUCAAUGCUCAGUGUGGCUGGGCAGCACAAGAAAAGUGGACCCUAGAACGAUUGAAACGCAAGUACCGAAAUCAAAAGUUCAAGUGUGGGGAAGAUAACGAUGGCUACUCAGUGAAAAUGAAGAUGAAGUAUUAUGCUGACUACAUGGAAACAUCAAAGGAUGAUAGUCCUCUGUACAUUUUUGACAGCAGUUAUGGGGAACAUCCUAAAAGAAGCAAACUUUUGGAGGAUUAUGAAGUGCCAAGGUUUUUCACAGAUGAUUUAUUCCAGUUUGCAGGGGAGAAGCGCAGGCCUCCAUACAGAUGGUUUGUUAUGGGCCCCCCUAGGUCUGGAACGGGUGUCCAUAUUGAUCCUUUAGGAACAAGUGCUUGGAAUGCUCUAGUCCAGGGUCACAAACGUUGGUGCUUGUUCCCUACAAAUACACCUCGGGAACUUAUCAAAGUGACAAGAGAAGAAGGUGGAAACCAACAGGAUGAAGCCAUCACGUGGUUCAUCGUUAUCUAUCCUCGGACACAACUUCCGACCUGGCCUCAGGAAUUUAAACCUUUAGAAAUCCUCCAGAAGCCUGGGGAGACAGUUUUUGUGCCAGGUGGCUGGUGGCAUGUGGUUCUCAAUAUGGAUUAUACCAUUGCUGUCACUCAGAACUUUGCCAGUGCAACCAAUUUUCCCGUGGUGUGGCACAAAACAGUGAGGGGGCGUCCAAAGCUUUCCCGGAAGUGGUACAGGAUUUUAAAGCAGGAGCGCCCGGAGCUUGCUGUGGCAGCAGAUUUAGUUGACUUACAGGAAUCGACAGGUAUUGCAUCAGACAGUUCCAGCGACUCCUCUAGUUCCUCGAGCUCCAGUUCCUCAGAUUCCAACUCCGAGCGUGACUCUGGUGCCGAAGGCGAUGGAAUGACACACCGAAGGAAAAAGCGAAGAACGUGUAACGUGUUGGAAGAUGGUAAUUCUCAAUCUCGCGACGACUGUGCAAGCAAAGAACGCAGCUCUUCUAGGUGACAUGAAGCAUAGUGGGGGAAAUACUCAAAUUGGCUGCCUAAAAUUACUGAUUCUCAAGACAAAAACCUGCGCUGCAAGAUGAAAACUAAUCAGUUUUAAGAAAUUAUUUUAAAUUCUGAAAUAAUUUUCUGUUGCCAGUAAUUGUUUUUAUUUACCUCCUUGGUAUUAAUGAUAAAGCCAGACAGAGUUAUGACAUUGGAAUAGCCUUUUAAAUAUCUACAAUAUGAAAUAGAUUUUUUUUAGUUAAAAUUAUCUGGUGGUGUAAAGAUAUUUUUAUAAACUGCCCUAAAUUAAUAUUAACACGCUGCAUACGGUUAUCAGACAAUGUUGGUGCCCAAACGUAUUAGGUUGUCUUUAUUACAGUGGAUAUUUCUGUUCCAUGUUCUUCUUGAAGUGAAUAAAGUUGAUUGCUGAAUAAA